AUGGCCGCCCCCGACGCUGGCAGUGCCGACAACAUCCACACCGCCUCGGAAAAGAGCGAGCUCACGAGCGUGCAGCAAUGGCCCAGGAGAAAAAAGUGGGCGAAUCUCGUACUCAUAUCUGUGCAAGGGACGCUGAGCCCGGUCUGCAGCACCUUUCUUGCGGUGGGCGCCCAUCAAGUCAAUGCGGACUUGGACGUUGCCUCCCCCGCAAUCGGCGCAUUGCCCGUGGCCCUUUUCGUCCUGGGACUGGGCCUCGGCCCGCUCUAUCUUGCGCCGUUGAGCGAAAUGUUUGGCAGGAGGAUCGUCUACAUUGUCUCCUUUGGCCUCUUUUCGCUGUUCAACGUCGGUUGUGCGCUGGUCCAGAACGAGACUGGCCUGAUAUUGUUGCGUCUCCUUGCCGGCCUGGCCGGGAGUGCUGGUCCAUCGCUCGGUGCUGGGUCUAUUGGGGACAUGUUUACCCGUGAACAGAGAGGAGGGGCACAAGCUAUCUACGGUUUCGGCCCAACAUUCGGACCUGCUCUAGGUGGAAUUAUUGGCGGUUAUAUCGCUGAACGAGCCGGUUGGCGCUGGCUAAUGUGGACAAUGGCGAUUGCCUCUGGCGUCACCACUAUACUCUCAAUAGCAUUCCUUCAAGAAACCUAUGUCCCUUUUCUCAACGCCCGUGCACAAGGGAAACGGUCUGCUCCAACAACGAUUGGAUUUUACGCCAAUCUAACGCGACCUAUACGGAUGUUUCUCUUUGCGCCGAUAGUGACCGCCAUGAGCCUCUAUAUGGCCAUCAUCUAUGGCGUAUUAUACCUCCACUUUGUAACGAUACCCCUGCUUUUCGGCCCUCGUGCCGUAUUCGGCUUAUUCACCUAUGGUUGGCAAGAUGGUAACGAAGGUUUGGCCUACCUUGGAGCCGGCCUGGGAUGUUAUGUCUCGACCAUCAUAUGCUUAUUCACUUUGAACCGCUCAUAUCGGGCAAUGGCGCGUAGAUAUGGCAGGCACAAGCCUGAGUUCAGGAUGCUUUUCAUGCAGAUUGGAAUGUUUUUCGUGCCUGUUGGGCUUUUUAUCUACGGCUGGUCUGCGCAGUUCCAUAAGCAUUGGGCAGUAACUCUACUCGGUGCUGCAAUAUUUGCAUUCGGGAUGCUCAUGGCUUAUGUUUGCAUCCAAACCUAUCUCACUGAUUCAUUCGUGGAGUUUGCCGCCUCUGCCUUGGCUGCCACCAUCGUGCUUCGGAGCAUAUUUGGGGCGGUCUUUAGUAUUGUGGGUGCCAAGUUGUACCAGCGAUUGGGUUAUGGCUGGGGAACAAGUCUGCUUGCGUUCAUCUCAGUAGCGGCACUCCCGAUACCCGCACUCUUCUGGGUUUACGGACCACGCUUGCGCGCGAGGAAGUUUGUUGCGUAG